UCAACACAGAGCUGCACAACAGAGGCGGUCGUCUUACAAGUGACGUGUGAGGACAACAGACCCUAGUUUGGUGCUUUCUCCCACUCGCUCUUCCAUCUAAAUAUUUCUUUCCAACUUCAGCUACAGUGAUAGCUAAGUUCGGAAAGGUAGAAUCAAGGAAGCCGGACUGCAUUAUUUUUUUUCUUCCAGUUUUAAUUUAAUGCUGUUAAAUGGAGAAAUAGCCGUGUUUUGUAACGUCAAACAAAUACAUCGGCCGAGGCGGUUUUACGUUCAAACAGCUUUGAAAAAUGGAUAACUCCGCACCCAAGAAGACUUGUUGUGAAUCUAUUGGAGAUUUUUUCCUCUCAGCAAAAUUCCUUAUCUAUAUGGGUCAUGCCCUUUCGACGUGGGGUGAUCGGAUGUGGAACUUUGCGGUGGCGGUGUUCCUGGUAGAACUGUACGGGAACAGCCUGCUGCUCACAGCCGUUUACGGGCUGGUGGUGGCUGGAUCUGUGCUGCUGCUGGGGGCCAUCAUUGGGGACUGGGUGGACAGGAACCCCAGACUCAAGGUGGCCCAGACUUCUUUGCUUGUCCAGAACAGUUGCGUCAUGGUGUGUGGGAUUCUCCUGAUGGUCGUUUUCCGAUUCAAAGAACAGCUUGUGGAGGUUUACAAUGGAUGGCUGCUGACCACCUGCUACAUCCUGGUGAUCAGCAUUGCCAAUAUCGCCAACCUUGCUAGCACCGCGACAUCCAUCACCAUCCAGAGGGACUGGGUGGUGGUUGUUGCAGGUCAGGACAGCAGCAAGUUGGCAGACAUGAACGCCACAGUACGGAUUAUUGACCAGCUGACCAACAUCCUGGCUCCUAUGCUUGUGGGCCAGAUAAUGGCCUUUGGCUCCCACUUCAUCGGCUGUGGCUUCAUCUCGGGCUGGAACCUGUGCUCCAUGUGUCUGGAAUACAUGCUGCUGUGGAAGGUCUAUCAGAAGACGCCGGCACUGGCUGUGAAAGCUGGUCAGAAAGACCAGCAUGAACUCAAACAGCUCAGCCCUUCGAAAGAAUCAGAGAACGGCCAAAGUCCUGAGGAUUCAUCCCGGCCACUAAUGAAUGAAACCGCGGUGGUGGUCAAGUCCGACUCCCCGAAACAGCGAGGCUGCUGUUAUCAGGUGGCCGAACCUCUCCGCACCUUCAAGGCCGGUUGGGUGGCCUACUACAAUCAGAGCAUUUUCUUCGCUGGAAUGUCCUUAGCUUUUCUCUACAUGACAGUACUUGGAUUCGACUGCAUCACCACAGGCUACGCCUACACACAAGGCCUCAACGGCUCCAUCCUCAGUCUGCUGAUGGGAGCCUCGGCAGUGUCGGGAAUCUGUGGCACUGUCGCCUUCACGUGGGUUCGCAAGAAGUGUGGCCUGGUCCGCACCGGCUUCAUCUCCGGCAUAGCUCAGCUCUCUUGUCUCAUGCUGUGCGUCGCCUCAGUCUUUGCGCCCGGGAGCCCCUUAGACCUCAGCGUCUCGCCUUUCCAGGACCUUUACAGUCACAUCAUGGGAGAGAAGAUGCUGCCUGAGGUCGACCAGGGCCUCACGGCCAUCUUUGGUGGAAAUGCUACGACCACUAGUGCACCAGCUGAAGAUCUGCCAACGCUGAAAACCUACAUGUCUGUUAGCUUGCUGUUUGCUGGAGUCAUUGCUGCGAGGGUUGGGCUUUGGUCCUUUGACCUGACUGUGACUCAGCUCAUCCAGGAGAAUGUGAUGGAAUCCGAGCGAGGCGUGAUCAACGGCGUCCAGAACUCCAUGAAUUACCUCUUAGACCUGCUGCACUUCAUCAUGGUGAUUCUGGCACCAAACCAGGAGGCCUUCGGUCUGCUGGUCAUCAUCUCCGUCUCCUUCGUGGCCAUGGGGCACAUUAUGUACUUCAGAUUUGCCUUCAAGAGUCUGGGCAGUCGUCUGUUCCUCUGCUGCUCGCCGGAGCGGAAGGCGGAGGCGGACGACGUCGUCGCCUCGUCUCCCACCAUCGUCUGACGUCGCUGUCCCAAAGCCUUGCAGUAUAUACCGAUACUUGACUGAAACGCUCACACGCAGCCAGUGGAGAGAUUCUCGUCGCAUGAGGAAUAAGCUUGCGUUCAGGAGUGUGUGCGCCAGUCAGUUUAUUGUAGCCCGACUAUUUAGCGUGCGUGAGGGACGAUUUUAAGUGACAGUAAAAGAUGAUAUAGUCCAACAGACUGCAUCAAGUUGUGAUUUAAAAUACUGCGCAUCCGGAUAGUGUUCACAGCACUUCACGUUUUCCACAAAUUCUUAUGUUGCAGCCUUUUCCCAAAAUGGAUUCAAUUCAAUUUUGUCCUCAAAAUUCUACAGACAAUACCCCAUUAUGAGAGUUAAAGGGGAACAUUAUCACCAGACCUAUGUAAGCGUCAGUAUAUACCUUGAUGUUGCAGAAAAAAAGACCAUAUAUUUUUUUAGCCGAUUUCCGAACUCUAAAUGGGUGAAUUUCGGCGAAUUAAACGCCUUUCUAUUAGUCGCUCUCAGAGUGAUGAGGUCACAGCGUGACGUCACCUAGGUAGUCAGUCCGCCAUUUUCUCAAACACAUUACAAAUAUCGAGUAAUCAGCUCUGUUAUUUUCCGUUUUUUCGACUGUUUUCCGUACCUUGGAGACGUCAUGCCUCGUCGGUGUGUUGUCGGAGGGUGUAACAACACGAUCAGGGACGGAUUCAAGUUGACUUACGUGGAGUGUGCUUCGAUUAGCACGGCAUGCUAAUCGAUGCUAACAUGCUAUUUAGGCUAGCUGUAAUUGCAUUUCUAGCUAUAUUUGCAUCCAGCCUUUCUCUCCACCCACAUUUAAUGCCAAACAAACACUUACCGAUCGACGGAUUCAAGUUGACUUACGUGGAGUGUGUGCUUCGAUUAGCACGGCAUGCUAAUCGAUGCUAUCAUGCUAUUUAGGCUAGCUGUAUGUACAUUUGUAGCUAUAUUUGCAUCCAGCCUUUCUCUCCACCCACAUUUAAUGCCAAACAAACACUUACCAAUCGACAGAUUUAAGUUGCUCCAGUGUCACAAGUUGCGGAAGUCCCGAUCGUUUGGUCUGCACAUUUUACCGGCGAUGCUAAGGCAGACAUGGCACAGAGAUGUAUGGAUAUCCUGCAGAUGCAUUUCCAACGAUAAAGUCAACGAAAUCACAAAGGUGUGUUUUGUUGAUGUUAUUGACUUAUGUGCUAAUCAGACAUAUUUGGUCACGGCAUGACUGCCAGCUAAUCGAUACUAACAUGCUAUUUAGGCUAGCUGUAUGUACAUUUGUAGCUAUAUUUGCAUCCAGCCGUUCUCUCCACCCACAUUUAAUGCCAAACAAACACUUACCAAUCGACAGAUUUAAGUUGCUCCAGUGUCAGAAGAUGCGAAAGUCCCGAUCGUUUGGUCUGCACAUUUUACCGGCGAUGCUAAGGCAGACAUGGCCGAAUAGCGUCAGUAGCUAUUCACUCAAUAGCUUCAGUUUCUUCUUCAAUUUUGUUUUCGCUAUCUGCCUCCAUACUCCAACCAUCCGUUUCAAUACAUGCGUAAUCUGUUGAAUCGCUUAAGCCGCUGAAAUCAGAGUCUGAAUCCGAGCUAAUGUCGCUAUAUCUUGCUGUGCUACCCGCCAUGUUGGCAUCACUAAAUGACGUCACAGGAAAAUGGACGAUGGAUUUAAAGAUAGCGAAAAUCAGGUACUUUAAAGCCUUUUUUCGGGAUAUUCCAUGAUGUGUAAAAUUUUGAAAAAACUUCAAAAAAUAAAAUAAGCCACUGGGAUCUGAUUUCUAAGUAACACAGACUUAAUUUUGAGUUAUUUGGACACUAGGGGAACAUAUUCUAAGUAAUAAAGACUUAAUUUAGAGUUAUUUGGUUAGGGUUAAUGCCGAAUAAGGCAUUAAUUAGUACCUAAUGACUAGUUAAGAGCCAAUAUGUUACUAAUUUGCAUGUUCCCCAUACUAAAGUGUUACCACUUUUUUACACUGGUGCACAAAAUGAACCAUGCAUGAACAUCUCCUUCAAACAACAAAACUCAGACAGUGCAUAAACUCACAACAAAUUACACACCUGCAAAUAAAUCAGCUGUUGCCGUAUCCGUGAUAUGCCAACAGGGAGAAGUUUGUAUUUACACGAAGACCUCGGCCGAACCCCUGAGGUCGACUCACCGAACCACUGCCUUAAGUUCAUUAGAAAACAUCACUGCACAUCAUAAUGGCAGCUACAUUUUCCCUCUUAAAGAUCUAAAAAAAAAAAAUUAUUUGCGAAUGUCCGGCGGGUCAGAUUUAAAAGCUUAACGGGCCCCGGGACUUAAUUUGCCCAGGUUUGUUAUGGGGUAUUGCAUGUAGAAUUUUGAGGACUAAUUUUUUUUUAUUUUGGAAUAAGGCUGUAACGUUACGAAAUGUGGGAAAAUGCAGCGCUGGUACUUUCCGGAUGCACUGUAUACAAGAAUGUGUGGAAAAAGUACAUCUGUGUAUAGCAGCCACAUCUCACAUUUAAAAUGCAUCCCGCAUUGCAGUGACUUCCUUGGUGCUUCAAUUAGGAGGGUCUUUUAGUAAAACCAAGCAACGGAGGGAUUCUUUUUUUUUCUGCGGGUUUUAAAGGGUGGAAAAACAGACUGCGUUCGGCAAAUGCAGGUUUUUUUUUUUUAAUAAGUGUCUUCAGUGGCAUGUGAGGUGCCAUUUAGCAGGUGAGAAAAAAAAACCCUAUGCAACCACUUCAAUAGCUUUCAGUUACCAAAGUCAAGGUUCAUAUGUGGUGCGAAAGGAAACGAGGGAAUCCAUAAUCCACCUUGAAGCAUUCCAAAUUUUGCAUCACCAAGGAUUCCAGUGUCCUACCUACUGUAAUUUGUAGUUUUUUUUGGUUUACUUGUUAGUCUAGUCCUCUUAAUUGGUUUUAGUUUUUUUUUCCAACCGUGAUUGUUGUUACUCCAGCACUUUAAGUCAUUACGUGUUAUAACGUCGGAUCAGAUAUUUGAUCAUUUGUCUUGCACACGUCCGAAAUCCAGAUUCCUUACUAAAAGGUGGGGUGUGGCCUGAAAAGCACACAUAGCAUUCACUAACUGUCCCUUUAAGGAUGAAAGUCUGAAUGAGUACCAGUUUGGUACGUGGGUGGGACUAUGAUUAUUUAGCGCUUUUCUAGAUACCCCAAGCGCUUCACAGGGAGAACUGAGAACCCACCAUUCAUUCACUCCACAUUCACACAUUCAUGGUGGUAAGCUACAUUUGUUGCCACAGCUGGUAGACUGAUGGAGUGUGGCUGUUUGAGAUUUCUGCAUAUCCUUCAAAUAGUAAAGGUGGGCCUCACAAUGUGUUUAGCAAAGUAACAGCAGGAACGAUUGUUUUUUUUGUUUUGUUUUUAAAGCCCGACUACCUUACGCCUCCGCUUUGACAGCUGCACCCCACCCUGGAAAAAUGUGCUCGUAGCUGUGAUUUUGGGCAUCAUGGAGCAGAGACAUAUUUGUGUUGGAUAUUGAAAUAACCACACCAGAUGUUGGAGAAUGUUUGGACUAAUUUGUAGAAGUCUGUAGCUGCACCCGUGUAGUCUGAAGGCCUUAAAAACAUUUUCCCCUCUUUUGAAAUUCAGAAGUCAGGACUAUUUCAAAAGGCCAACGGCAGUUUUCAGUAUAAACCAAUAUCCAGUUAUAUAAAUCAAAAUGAAAAAAAAAAGUAAAUGUCAUGUUUUGUUUUUAUAUACUUUGAGUUAACAUUUUUUGUGGGAUUCAAAUCAAUUAUUGUACUGUAUUGCAUGAAAGUAAAUUUGUGUCAAUUCACAAAA